CUCGUCCUGGCCGGAUACCGCGCGCAGAAGGAGGACGAGCUGAGUCUGGCGCCCGGGGACGUGGUCCGGCAGGUGCGCUGGGUGCCCGCGCGGGGCUGGCUUCGCGGAGAGCUGGGGGGCCGCUAUGGCCUCUUCCCCGAGCGCCUGGUGCAGGAGAUCCCAGAGAACCUGCGGGGUUCCAGACAGGCGCGGAGACCGCGCUGUGCGCGCCGCCGAGGUCAUCCUGCCAAAUACCCGGGGCCCCAAAGAUGGUGCAAAGUGAACUUCAACUACAGCCCAGAGCAGGCGGACGAGCUGAAGCUGCAAGCUGGGGAGAUCGUGGAAAUGAUAAAGGAGAUUGAGGACGGCUGGUGGCUGGGGAAGAAGAACGGGCAGCUGGGAGCCUUCCCAUCCAACUUUGUGGAAUUGCUGGACAGUGGGCCCCCAAGCUUUGGUAACCCAGACAUGCCUUCAGUCAGCCCUGGUCCCCAGCGGCCUCCCAAGCUGAGCAGCCUGGCCUAUGACAGCCCUCCAGACUACCUGCAGACAGUCUCCCACCCUGAGGCCUACAGGGUCCUGUUUGACUACCAGCCUGAGGCCCCAGACGAGUUGACGCUGCGGAGGGGGGACGUGGUGAAAGUACUCAGCAAGACCACAGAGGAUAAGGGCUGGUGGGAAGGAGAAUGUCAAGGACGAAGAGGAGUUUUUCCAGACAACUUCGUAGCUCCUAUUAAGGAACCAAAAAAGUUGAUGCCCAAAACAUCCCUCCCCACAGUCAAGAAACUAGCGACAGCCGCCACUGGGCCCAGCAAAGCCAAGACAUCUCGGACACCCAGCAGGGACAGUCAGAAGCUCACGUCCCGAGACUCAGGCCCCAAUGGUGGCUUCCAAAGCGGGGGUUCGUGUCACCCUGGCCGAAAGCGAUCCAAAACCCAGACUCCCCAGCAACGCUCUGUGUCCAGUCAGGAGGAAGAGCACAGCAGCCCAGCAAAGGCCCCCUCUGUGAAGAGAACCCCCAUGCUGGACAAGACCACAACUCCAGAGAGGCCCCCAGCUCCAGAGAAUGCCCCCGGCUCCAAGAAGAUCCUGGUUCCUGACAAGGUCCCCUCCCCAGAGAAGACCCUCACUCUAGACGACAAGGCCUCUAUCCCAGGGAACUCCACCUCGGGGAAGAUCCCAGCUCCUGACAUAGUCCCCACCCCAGAGAGGAUGGAGACUCCAGAGGACAAGGCCUCUAUCCCAGAGAACUCCAUCCCAGAGGAGGCCCUGACUGUGGACAAACCCUCCACUCCAGAAAGGGUCUUUUCAAUGGAAGAGGCCAAUGGCCCAGAAGUCCCACCAAUGGAUAAUGUCCCUGAUCCAAAGAUGGCCCCUCUGGGGGAUAAGGCCCCCACUCGAGAAAAGGUCUUGACCCCAGAGCUUUCUGAAGAAGAGGUGUCCACCAGAGAUGACACUCAAUUCCAUCACUUCUCUUCGGAGGAAGCCCUGCAGAAGGUCAAGUCCUUUGUAGCCAAAGAGGCUCCAUCAUCCCAGGAGAAGGCCCACACACCAGAGGCACCCCCACUCCAGCCUCCUUCCUCAGAGAGGUGCCUGGGAGAGAUGAAAUGCCCCCUAGUUAGAGGGGACAGCUCCCCACACCAGGCUGAGUUGAAGUCUGGGCCAGGGUCCAGGCCUGCUCUUGAGAAGCCCCACCCCCAGGCAGAGGCUACAAUGCUUCUAGAGGAGGCACCUUCCAAAGAGGAGAGGACCCCUGAAGAGGAGGCAUCCCCCAACGAGGAAAGGCCUCUGAGAGAGGAGGUGCUCCCGAAAGAGGGAGUGCUCCCCAAAGAGGGAGUGGCUUCCAAAGAGGAGGUGACCCCGAAAGAGGAAGUGGCUCCAAAAGAGGAGGUGCCCCCUAUAGAAACAGCCUUUGCCCAAAAAACACAUCCUAUCAAGCCGUCUCCAGACUCCCAAGAGACACUCACGCUCCCCUCCUUGCUUCCGCAAAACUACACGGAAAACAAGAAUGAGGGAGUCAAUGUAACGUCGCUGAGGGGCGAGGUGGAGUCUCUAAGGAGGGCGCUGGAGCUGAUGGGGGUGCAGCUGGAGAGGAAGCUGACCGACAUCUGGGAGGAGCUGAAGAGCGAGAAGGAGCAGCGCCAGCGGCUGGAGGUCCAGGUGAUGCAGGGGACCCAGAAGUCCCAGACCCCGCGCAUCAUCCACGCGCAGACGCAGACCUACUGAGGGCGGGCCUGGGAAGGGACCGCGGCCCGUCCUGGCUGGGGCCACCCACGUCCUUGCACACGACUUUGGGAAACGCGAGAAAGUAAACUCUGCCUCGCAAGG